AUGCUUAGCUGGAAACUCCUGGGGAUCCUGGUCCUUUGCCUGUGCACCCAAGGGAUCUCAGGCAGCGGGGACCACCCCUCUCCUUCACCUACAGAGACCCACGAAGAGGAGAGCUACCCAACAUGGCCUCAGGGUCCCCCAGUUCCUGGUGACCCCUGGCCAGGAGCACCUCCUAUCUUUGAAGAUCCUCCAUCUCCAGUUCCCAACCGUCCCUGGAGAGACCUUCCUGAUACUGGAGUCUGGCCCCCUAAGCCUUCCACAACAAAUCCCCCUCAGCCUCCUCGGCCUGAUGACCCCUGGGCAGCAGGUACCCAGCCUCCAGAAAAUCCCUGGCCACCUGCCCCCGAGGUAGACCAGCCUCUGGAGGAGCCAGACCUUGACCCACCCCAGGAGGAGUACAGAUAG